AUUUCACGCGGUCGCCGUGACUUCUACAUUUCAUUUCGACUCAAUAUUCGGGAUAACCGCCACAAAAAAAAAUUUGCAAUUUGAGUUUCAUUCAGAUCGAACUUUCUACUUUUAGAGAAGAAAGAACAAAAAAAGUCAGAUCGUGGACAGUUUUUUGAAAAUUCGUUGACUGGAUCUCGAUGUUUUCAAUGUGAUACGUGACUGAGAAUAUCAUUUAGUGCUCUGGAUUCCGAUCAAUUAUUGCUGGUUUUCUUGUAGAGUUUAAGAUUUUUGAAGUCUGUGUUGUAAAAGUUCAAUGGCAAGGAUCAAACCUCAAACUCUGUUACAACAAAGCAAGAAGAAGAAGGGACCAAGUCGCAUCAGUGUUGCUACCACUGCAAUUUAUGGCAUCGUAGUCGUUGGAAUGGUGCUUUUCAUUUUCGCCACCUGCAGAUACUGGUCUAGAAGGUCAAAACUUCCGAUGGAGGAUGCAUUAUCAGCUGUAGAGCGAGAUAAUGCUUUUGGCGAUACAAAGAAAGUUGACAUCCCUAAAUAUGCUGUGAUAAGUACCUCAAAAGGCUUAAUAACUGUGGAAAUUUACAAUGAAGGAUCUCCUGAGGUUGUCAAGCAAUUUGUUGUCUCAUGUUUGACGGGGCGCUUUAAAGGAAUGUUCUUUAACCGUGUAAUAAAGAACUUUGUCAUUCAAGGAGGUGGUGAUGAUAAUGCUGGAACUAUUGAAGAUUGGACUUUGAAGGGAAAGCAUUAUAGUCAUCUCGAUACUAGCCUGAAGCAUGAAGCUUUUAUGCUUGGCACUUCUAAGACAAAACACGAUGGGGGCAGAUUCGAUCUUUUAAUUACAACUGCACCGAUUCCAGACUUGAACGAGAAAGUUAAUGUAUUUGGACGUGUCAUCAAGGGAGAAGAUGUUGUACAGGAAAUCGAAGAGGUGGACACAGACGAGCAUUAUCGACCAAAACAACCAAUAGCUAUCAUCGAAGUGACGAUAAAACAGAAAAUCUAGAAGAUGUAACGUUCCUCUGACAGCUUCUCAUGUCACACGACGUAAGCAUUUCAUGUUGUAGAAAGAAAGCCUCUUAAUGAGUGUUGAUUUGUUCACUCGGCAUUUUCCUUGCGAUUUCUUGUUUCUUGGAAUUAUGCUACACGCAGCUUAGAGUCCUGAUAGAAAAAAGCUUGAUUUUACCCUGUUUGUAUAAUUUUCUUCUUUUUUACCACACAAUUAGCGUCAGCCUUUCUAUGUUUCUAUUUCUAUAUUGUAGAUUAUUUCAUGGUAGGCUUGUCUUCAGAGAAAUUCAUUGAUCCUCAGUACUGUAGUUCAAGAUGAAUAUCAAUUAUUGGAUUAUUCAGACACGUUGAUCCCUGGCUUUUGAAAAGGUUUA